CGUUUGAUGAGGGCUUCGGCGAGAGCCACCCCUUGUAGAUUUGGGCGACGGCUGCUUAGGGCUCGAGCGUGACGGCUCGCUCGAGCCAGCGCUUUCCCAGAUCUACGAGACGCUUGCUCAAGCGAGCCCUCGCGCUCGAGCCUCGAGUGAGUGUCUCGCACGUGCUCGCCCAGAUCUGCGGCAGCUCGCUCGAGCGAGCGUUGCUGCUUUGCUCGCUUGAGCGAGCAUCCCGAGCAGAGCUACUGUGCUUGCUUGAGCGAGCCUCGCGAGCAGAGCAGCAACGCUCGGCUCACUCGAGUGAGCAUCGCUGCUCUGCUUUGCUGCUUUGCUCGCUCGAGCGGGCAUGGCGAGUAGAGCAGCGACGCUCAUAAUCGAUUACCUGGUUACAAUGUAAGAACUUGUGCUUGGCUGGGAUAUUACAUAGGAAUUUCUGGUUUUCUACCGAAGGUGGAACUUUGUGGGAUGAUACAUGUUUUGGCAUCCAACUACUGUAGUUUAAUUAAGCAUCAUCUAUGCUUUCCUUAACAUAAGUUUCAGACACUGUUUUUUUCAUUACUUACCAAUUUUGUUCUCAGUAUUUGCGUCUUCUUACCUUCUGUAGUGACAAUGCUCACCCCAUAACCUCGUUGACCUUGCCAUGCUCUGUUUCCAUGAGUUCAUGAAACUUUAUUUCUGUAAAUAUAUUUAUAAGGUGUCAAGGAUGAAGUAGAAAGGUGGAAGAUGCAGUGUGUGCAUAGUCUGGUCCAAAUUACACAAGAUUUACUUCUUUUUUUAAGCUCAAGGCAACACGAAAAAUACUCUACUCAUAUUUUAGUGAAAUGACACAGAUUCUUCAAAUAUCAUGAGGCACCAUUACAUGAAGGAUGUAAACAUUUUCAUUGUUCAUCCUCAUGACCAGAAUGCCAUUGUUGCAAUUUCUGCUAUAGCUAGAGCAAUGAAGGAAAUGCAUAAAGUAGCCAUUCUACGCUGUGUGUGGAGGCAAGGGCAAGGAAAUGUUGUUGUGGGGGGUUUUGACACCAAAUGUUUCUGACAAUGAUCACAUGCCCUAUUCAUUUUAUUUCAAUAUACUUCCUUUUGCUGAGGAUGUUCGGGAAUUUCAAUUCCCCUCUUUCAGCAAUCUUCCAGCCUCAUUACUGCCGGAUGAAGAGCAGCAAGAGGCUGCAAAUAACUUUGUGAAAAUGCUGGAUCUUGCACCUUCUGACAGAAAGGAAAUGUUGCAGCCUGAUUUUACACAGAAUCCUGCUUUGGAGGAACCGAAGCAGUUCAAUGAUUUCUUGCACCAGCUCUGCAAAUUUUGCCUGCAAAACGAUCUUCGGAGUUUCUGCGAUUUCCUUGCCACCAAAGUGUUCACGUUGAUUUCCAAGACCGAAGCCGCAGACAUGUAUCAGAUCUUCCUGCAUCAUGCUUCUCUUGAUAUUGUUGAGACCAAUUCCUUUUUCCCUCCUUCCUAUUCGUUUGGUUCCUAUGCAAAGGGUCAUAAAUCGUUCUUUCUACAUGAGUAGCGACGUCACAGAGGAAGAGGCUAGAAGCUUUUUGGUGAAAAGCGAGCCGAAGCCAGAAUGAGAAUUUAGUUUCGUCUCUUCAAUGGUCAUGAUGAGUAGUUUCAAUCCCAUGAUCAUGUCGAUCAUUUUGUCCGUUGGGCAAGAUUAUUGUAAAUAGAUGGCGACGAGAUCAUAUUUAGCUGUAUGAUGUUUAGCUGUUUGUACAGUUUGUUCUGCCUGUGCUAAAUCUCAAGGGUGAUGGGGUCUGCUGGUACUUUAAAUUGUGUAAUCUAGUUGAACAUUCUUUCAGCCUCCUAAA